AUGGCUGAUGCCAUAAAGCCGCCCACGGGCGCCUGGCGGAUCCCAAAGGCCUGUCAAGAGUGUCGAAAGCGCAAGAUCCGAUGCAAUGGGUUAAAUCCGUGUAAAACAUGCCAACAACGCGAGACCCCAUGUAUCUACAGGGAGGUGACACGACAGCGCAAAAGGAGGAUCGAUACUGAUCAUCCGCUGUCGGAAAGCGAUAGCAGACAUGCGCCGCGCGUUUCACCCUCGUUCGCGCCGAACUCCAAAACUGAUGGCCCGUCAAUGAUGGUCCAGUAUCCAAGCAGCGUUUCGGCGACGCACAUGGCGUCGCCGUCUUGCAAAUUGGAGCUCUAUUACGGACCAACCUCCCAUUUUUCGCUCAUCCAACAUGUUUAUCAUGAACUGGUCCCCAAUGCAUCCUCUGAGGCUGCCUCAUCUGGCCAAGUAGAAGAAGCUGGCGCGGGCUUGGAUCUCUUCAGCUUCAGACGAAUCUUUUUUGGGACACCAGACUCCCAAGAAGCAGGAAAAUCUUCCAGCUCAGCCGACAUGGGCAUGAUGUUUCUCCCUUAUAACUUGGCAAAAAUUUUCCUCGACCGAUACCUGGCCCAUUUGUAUCAUGUGAUGCCGCACCAGCCAAAAGCUUACUUUAAGCAGUGUUUGGAGAAACUAUAUGAUCCAUCGCCAUCAGAACAUCCAGAUACGCUCACACGGGCCAUGCUCUUAUUGUCCAUGGCUAUUGGAUCUCUAGGUACCGAGCAGUAUGCGUGGGGAGACGUCCUGUUUGAGCGAGUCAAAGAGUCUUUGAUACCUGAACGUUGCCUCGAGACCAACCAAGAAUGCAGCUCUUACGGCAACUACCAAAACGAACAAGGUCGGCCAAACUCGGCAUUCCUACAUCUAGGUACCGCUACACGUAAGGCUAUCUCGGCUGGCUUGCACAAGGAUGUUCCUCCAGGGGAUAUACAAAGGCAGAAAACGAUCGAAGAGAGACGCGUAACUUUCUGGUCCCUGUAUAACUUUGAAACCUGGUUUUGUUUCCAUGUCGGAAGACCGAGCUCUCUUUAUCUGAAGGACGUCGCCAUUGAAUACGCUCAGGAUCCCUUUGUUCGACUUCUUACCGAAUUGUGCAAAACGAUUUCACGGUCGGGUAAUGAGAUUUAUAGUCAACGGCAUGAGUCGCUAUUACACAUGUGGCGGGUCGCUCGGUCGAUCAUCCAUGAUCUUCGAAAUCACGAGGUCUACAUGAAGCAGGCGUUGGGAUUCGAUCUCGAUGCGAGCAUUGAGAUUGGAUCUCUGGGUGUUCGCCAGACUAUCUUCAUAACUCUGUACUAUCACACUCUUCUGUUGACGUUUCGCCCGUUCUUGAUCUUCCGCGGUCACUGGAAACGAAGCCUAAAGGCCUCUACACAGCCACCUGAUACAAAUGCCCCGCCUCGCUCGUUCAAAGUUCCUACAUGGCUCAACGAAGCCUGCAACCACGCCAUCACGGCCGCAAGCAAGACCAUUCACCAUCUGUCCGAGGCCUCUCGCAGAAAUGACCUUGUGAAGCAACUGAGGUACCAUGGACACUUCCUAUCCAGCUCAGCUUUCACCCUGAUCUACGAUUUGCUCCACGAUCCAAGCACGGCCACUUCACACUUGCCCUGGAUUUACACAACAUUACAAACGCUGGGUUCGAUGCGUCCGGGCGAUCCAAUCGACAGCACGAUCUCCGCUAUUCAAACUGUGCUCCGCAAAAUCAACCCUUCCUACGAAUUCCUCCCGUAUUCAGAUCAGUACACCUCGCUCAAAACAAAAGCCUCGGUGCCGAUGUCUUCCCCAGCUGGAAACACUGCCAGUCAACCAUAUGGAUGGAUCCCUUCAGCCACAACCUUUACUCCACGACCUGGAUUCACUCAGAACUUCGACCUUUCUGCUCCUCAAUGGAACCUGCAACACCUCGAGGGACCAGAAACCGGGGCUUCGAGUGGCUCGACAGAUGAUCUCCUUGACUUCACCCAGUCUGACAUGGGCUGGAACUUCGAUUUCUCAACCAUGGACCUAGAGGCAUUUUGCUCGACCUACGACCAGCUGAGCGGUUAA